CAUCGAUAGUAACGAUACGUCGAUUUUUUUGGCGUGUAGCUGUAGCAGAAAGCAAAAGGAAGCCGCUUGUGGAAAAUUUCAACAGCAUCGACGAGCAUCAAACUCGGAAGAAAUUAGCACGCCCGGCAUUCGACGCACUGCAAAAACUUCUUCGUUGACUACUAAGCAGCUCCGACGAGCAACGACGAAAAAAAACAACAUGUCUGACGAAAAGAAAGGCGGCGAAACUGAACACAUUAACUUGAAGGUGCUCGGACAGGAUAACGCAGUGGUCCAGUUUAAAAUCAAGAAGCACACACCCUUGCGGAAGCUGAUGAACGCUUAUUGUGACCGAGCCGGACUUUCCAUGCAGGUGGUGCGCUUCCGCUUUGACGGACAGCCCAUCAACGAGAACGACACUCCAACCUCGCUGGAGAUGGAGGAGGGCGAUACCAUCGAGGUUUACCAGCAACAGACAGGCGGCGCUCUAUAAAUAUACGUAGUUAAGCUAGUUACACCACCCUUUAUAACUAACAAACAACAAAACACAAAAAGAAUCCAAAACAAUAUGAAAAAACCAACACAACAGGCAGAAAACAUAAAUCGAAACAAGAGUGCGUUUAGUACAACUGUAGAUUUUGUCUGUAUGAAAGACCACAACUUACAACUAUUGCAGACAAAACAUGGAAAAUAAAGCAUUUUAUAAACUAUA